AUGACAAGUGACAUCUAUAAAGCAUGUGGAUAUAAUGAGAUCGAUUAUCUUCGAAUAUUAAUUGAAACAUCUCCAGAUGAUGCAAAAAUCAAUCAACUAGAGUCAAAUGGAAGCACUGUUUUACAUUUGGCUUGUAGUAAAGGCUAUACAGAUAUUGUUCGACUUCUUUUAAAUGAUCGUCGAGUUGAUCGGCACCAAACGAAUAUAAAUGGUCAAACUGCUUAUCAAGUUGCAUCUACAGAUGAAAUUCGUCAACUUUUUCCUCGACAGAAACGUUCAGAUAAUCCAUUUUGUACUAAUCAGAAUACAUUAAAUCCACUAGAAUUUUUUACUAAUGAAAAUGCGUCAGAUUCACGUUACACUACUUAUUAUCGUACUGAAGCACCGAUUAUGUCAGAAUGUCUUCGUCAAGUUCAGAAUCAUAAUUAUAAUACAAUUACUGCUCCAAUAAUUAAUGGAAUAAGAAGAUUCUUUGGAAAUGAUCCUGAGAAAAAGAAAAUUGAUAAAUGGGUCGAAAACCUACAACUUCAUAUUGUACAAUAUUUUACUGCAGAAGAUUGUAAACUCAGUUCUGAAGAUUACUCAAAGGCAAAUACAUGUAUUAAAGAGUAUUAUGAAACAAAAAACGUUGAACAUCUUUUGAAACUCUAUACGUUACAUACAUCAAUAUGUAAAUCUUUUGCACAAGAUUCAAUCAAAACAGAAUAUCUUAAUGCACCAAUUUCUUUUCAUUUAUCAAGUCUUAUACAACGUGCUUAUAAUGGACUUUCUUUUCGUGGAUUAACAAUGGAAGAAAAUGAAUUUCAAAAAUAUAAACAAGCAUUUCAGUCUCAAGAUUCGUAUAUAAGAACAAACACUUUUUGUUCAACAUCAGCUGAUCGUGCAGUAGCUGAAAUGUUUACUAUUCCUGAGAAGAUCAAAGGAAAAAUCAAUAUAAUUAUGAUGUUUGAUUUCGUGAAAUCAUGUUCAACAGCUAUAACUCUUUUUUCAUCCUCAUCAAAAUUAAAAUGUAUCUCACAAUUUGAAGAAGAACAAGAAAUACUUGUCCUUCCAGGAACAAUCUUUUCGGUGAAAAACAUUCAAGAAGAUGAUCAAACUCAUAUAACAACGAUCCAUCUUGAAAAAUUUGAUACAAGUGAAGCUGAGCAUGAAAUGCAUCAAGAAAGAUUUCAAAGUUAUAUAGAUACUUUCUUUACUGAUAGUUGA